AUGCGACACGCCCACCCGCGCCAAAUACCCACACCCGCGCCAAAUACCCACUCCUUCGCCAAAUACCCACACCUUCGCCAAAUUUCGCCAAAUACCCACACCUUCGCCAAAUACCCACACCUUCGCCAAAUACCGAUACCUUCGCCAAAUACCCACACCCGCGCCAAAUACCCACACCUUCGCCAAAUCGCCAAAUACCCACACGCGCCAAAUACCCACACCUUCGCCCACCCACACCUUCGCCAAAUACCCACACCCGCGCCAAAUACCCACACCUUCGCCAAAUACCCACACCUUCGCCAAAUACCCACACCUUCGCCACCCACACCUUCGCCAAAUACCCACCUUCGCCAAAUACCCACACCCGCGCCAAAUACCACACCUUCGCAAAUACCCACACCUUCGCCAAAUACCCCCACCUUCGCCAAAUACCCACACCCGCGCCAAAAUACCACAAAUACCCACACCUCGCCAUCGCCACACACCUCGCAAAUACCCACACCUUCGCCAAAUACCCACACCUUCGCCACCCACACCUUACCCACACCCCGCCAAAUACCCACACCUUCGCAAAUACCUUCGCCAAAUACCCACACCUUCGCCAAAUACCCACACCUUCGCCAAAUACUCGCCAAAUACCCACAUCUUCGCCUUCACACCCGCGCCAAAUACCCACAUCGCCAAAUCGCCAAAUACCCACACCUUUCGCCAUAA